AUGAAGCUCAUCGUCUCCGGCGCCACCGGCUUCCUCGGCCGCGAAGUGGUCCGGCAGUCCCUCGCCACGCCGGGCGUGACCAGCGUCGUCGCGCUGGCGCGCAAGCCCGUGACCUUCUCCGACAGUGAGCUGCUGCCUGGCUCCGACGCGGGCAAGCUCGUCCACGCCACGAUCAAGGACUACGGCGAGUAUCCGCCAGAGGUGACUGCCCACUUUGCCGGCGCCGACGCCUGUAUCUGGACCGUCGGCAUAAGUCCCUUCAAAUCCAAGACUUACCCGUGGCCAGAGGUCGUGAGGGUGUGCCAGACGUGCACGAUCCAGGGCUUCUCCGCCAUGCUCGACGCGACUGCCACUGUCGCCGUCCCUCCCAGCACUAGCGAUGGCAGCGGCGGCGGCUCCGAGGGCCGGCCAUUCCGGUUUGUUUAUGUCAGCGGCAUGGGCGCGGAGCCGGACCAGUCCAAGAAGCCGUUCUUCUCGCCGCAGUAUCUGCUGAUGAGGGGCGAGACAGAAAACAAAGUCCACUCCCUUCCGGCAAGCCACCCGGGCGCCGCGAACCGCCCCGUCAGCACCGCGGCCUGCCGCUUCGGCAUGAUCAGCAGCCCGGGCAUGGCGGGGUCGCUCAUGGGCAGCCUGGCCAAGGGCGCGACGGGGUGGCCGACGCUGUCGUCGGUCGAGGGCGCCCGGGUCCUGAUCGACCAGGCCGUCAACGGCUUUUACGAGGGAAAAGGGACGCUGACGGCGGGAGACAUGGCUGCCAUCUGGAAGCGGAUCUCGGCAGAGGAGGAGGGGAAGGUAUAG